AUGUUUUCUGAGCUUCGAAUCAUAGAUCUCUCUUACAAUGGUUUCACAGGAAACUUGUCGACUAGUCUAUUUCAAAAAUUGAAAGCCAUGAGGACAAUUGAUAAAACAGCGAAGGUACCAACAUAUCUUGGUAAAUCUGGAGAGAGAGAUUACAAUGAUUCUGUAACAGUUUCAACGAAGGGAAUGGAGUAUGAUCUGGAUAGAAUUUCGACAAUUUUCAUAACUAUUGAUCUUUCAAGUAACAAAUUUGAAGGAAAUAUUCCAAGUAGUUUGGGAGAUCUCAUUGCACUUCGGGUGCUAAAUUUGUCUCAUAACAGAUUGCAAGGUAAUAUACCAUCAUCACUUGAAAGUUUAUCUUUAGUCGAAUCAUUGGAUCUUUCAUUCAACCAGCUUUCGGGAGAGAUACCACAACAACUUGCUACUCUUACGUUUCUUUCAUUCUUAAAUCUCUCUCACAAUCAUCUCCAAGGAUGCAUUCCUCAAGGACAUCAAUUUGAUACAUUUCAAAAUAAUUCAUAUGAAGGUAAUGAUGGAUUAUAAGGUUUCCCUGUUUCGAAAGGUUGUGGAAGUAUUUGGCCGCCAGAGACAAAUAAUG